UGGCUUCAUACGAUUUGCAUGACACGAAGAAGCAACUUUUUUAUUGGUGUUCGUGAUCCGGUGACAAUUUCUCAACAAUUCUGUAUGGACCCAACCAAUAAUGCAUUAACUUUUUGGAUAGCCCUUUGCUAGUUCUCGGGGUAUAAACCCAAACACGUUGUUCAACUUCAAAAACAGGUUCUUUUGUCUUUUGAUCGUAAUAAUCCUUCAUUUUUUGUUGUGCACGUGGUAAAUUUUGUCUGGCUAAAUUUUGAGCCAAUUCGACUUUUUCGACAACACGUUUUCGAUAGUCAAGGACCGAAGUACUCAAAUCAUCAGCCACAGGAGGCAAAUACUUAACGUCAAUUGGCAAGCGUGGCUCUCGCCCAUAAAGAAUGUAAAAAAGAGAAUCCCCAAUUGCAUCUAAAACAGAAGUCCUAUGCACAAACAAAACAAGCGGUAUGAACUCGUCCCAAUCUUUCCGGUUUUUGGAACGUACAUCGAUAAAGACUGACACAAGGUAGAAUUAAACCUUUCUACAAGACCAUCGGUCUGUGGGUGAUAACUAGAAGUAUUGACCUUUUGAAUUUGAAAUAUCUUACAAACCUCUGCAGCGACCUCAGAUAAAAAGUUAGUUCCCCUGUCAGAGAGCAACACACGUGGUGCCCCAUGUCUAGAAAUAAUUUCAUCAAUUAAAAGACGUGCAAUAACAGUUGCUUCUACACUAAGCACUGGGAAUGCUUCGACCCAAAGAGUUGAAUAAUCACUAAAAUCUACAAUAUACCUACUGCCUUUACUAGAAGGUGGAAAAGGACCUAAAACUUCAACAGCCACUCUGUCAAAUGCACCCUCGACUGGAAUAGGAAGUAAAGGUGCCUUUUUCGAAUUUCGUGGAGACUUCCUCAUUGAACACUCAACGCAAGACUUAACCCAGUGUUGUACAUCUUUAAACAUACCUUUCCACCAAUAUCUUUGCUUACGUUUAGCAAUAUGAUCAUGUACAUUAGAGAGAGAAUUUCAAACGCAAUGCAGCUGGGACAACAAGCUGAGAAAAGGAUUCAGGAUUCACCAGCAUUACGUCUUCGAUUAAAAUUAAUGUGAUAAAGGAAACCAUCUUGACCAAUAUAAAAAUUAUCGCUUGUGAGUAAAAUCCUUGCGUGCAUCUUUAUCGUUAGUAGGUAGGAUAUCAUUCUCUAGAAAAUCAAUCAUUGCAGCUGGUUCAGGAUCUCGUCUUUGCAUUUCUUGAGUGUGGAGCGUUUGAGGUUCUUCUUUCAUGAGCGAACUUAUUUCACAAGAAUCAUAUGGACGUCUAGACAAACAAUCAGCAUUACCAUGGUUUCUACCAGGGCGAUGAACAAUAUUAGUCAUAUUGUUGCAAAAUUAAGGCCCAUCUUGCAAGACGACCAGAAGCAUUCAUUAACCAACGAAGAGAACUAUGAUCAGUAACAACAGUAAACUUAUGAUUAUGUAAAUAUGGCGGAAAUUUCUUAAUACCCUCAACUAAUGCGAGAACUUCUCUUUCUGUGGUACUAUAAUUUUGUAGAUGAGCAUUUAGUCCAUUUGGAGGAAGAUAGCUUUCCAAUGCCUUUAGUUGCUGAUGCGCUAGAUUCUUUAGCUGGUGCAAGCGUGUUUUCGACGUUGAUCUCAAAAGUGAUUUUUGGCAAAUACAAAUGCAGAAGGAUUCGAAACAGAAGACAGCCUUUGCUACGCACAAUGGCUUUUACGAAUUUCUGACAAUGCCAUUUGGAUUAGUGAAUUCAGGAGCCAGUUUCCAAAGACUUAUGGGUCAUAUUUUGAGAGGUUUAGAAUACCGUUUUGCUUUGAUUUACAUCGAUGAUAUAAUCAUUUUCUCCAAGUUUGUAGAUGAGCACUUAGUCCAUUUAGAGGAAGUUUUUAGAAGGUUGCGUGACGCCAACCUUCUAAACUUGCUCCUGAAUUCACUAAUCCAAAUGGCAUUGUCAGAAAUUCGUAAAAGCCAUUGUGCGUAGCAAAGGCUGUCUUCUGUUUCGAAUCCUUCUGCAUUUGUAUUUGCCAAAAAUCACUUUUGAGAUCCAACGUCGAAAACACGCUUGCACCAGCUAAAGAAUCUAGCGCAUCAGCAACUAAAGGCAUUGGAAAGCUAUCUACUUUAGUGACUUUAUUAACUUUACGAAAAUCAAUGCAAAAUCUAUAUGACCCAUCCUUCUUUUUUGCCAAAACAACUGGAGAGCUCCAAGGAGAGACAGACUCUUGAAUUAUUCCUUUUUCAAGCAUUUCGUCCUCUUGACGGUCAAUCUCUUUCUUAACAACAGGAGAUACUCUAUACGGCGUUUGUUUAAUAGUGCCGUGUGAUAUGGCCAAACACGCCGCAUGAGAAACAACCUGGCGGCAGGUACAAGAGUGUAAAAGAGUUUAUCUUCCCACAGACUUCUGCAGAGACUUAGAAAUACCGUCUUGUGGCUAAGCAUAUUUUCUUGAAAAGAAGCAAGUUUAACCUUCUUAUUUAGGGGCAUCAAAAACGUAGUGUAAGGAAAAUCUAUGAUAUACCACAGAAAAAUCGACGUUUGCGUGGGAACAAGGGUCGACUUCCCAAAGCCAAAGAAAUAGCCGAGACCGAUGAGGGAGACGGGAGCCGACCGGCCCAACUGGCGGGCUCCCCUUCCAGUUACACCAGGAAUGAUCAGAUCUGACGGAGACUCGUGCGUUUUAACCGAAGUUUAAACAGUGCCAGAAAGCGAAAUAAUUGGAAAUAGAUUACCACGAAGGCAACGCACAUAUACCCCAUGUGAUAGCUUUAAGUCGAAAAUGGAAAAAAGAAAUAAAGGGGGAAAGGGGGAGACACCAACCAAGCCGAUCCAGGAACCCAGUCACAGACAGAGUAUCGGGUAUAAUUUAGAAGACCCGCCCCAGAUUGACCGGACUGAUAGCAGGAGCAGAAGACCGAAAGUCAUGAAAUAACAACACAUUCCUCGAAGCGAGUAAAACAACACACAAGAAAAAACCAACCAAAACAAAGCGAUGGGCCGAUUUGCAUGACGCGAGGUAUAGUCGAGAUGAACCAGCUUAUAUAACUAGAAGCCCAUAAAACUAACAACAAAUGGCAAACGCCGAAUAAAUCUGGAACGUAGAAAACAGCCCAGGCAGCUAAGCCAUAGAACCGCGGAUGACUAAUUCCAAAUAACAGGAUGAAAGCGGCCGUCUUCCGUUUAAGAGCCGCCAAGUGUGUACAUCGCGCACUGACAUUUGUAAACAAAACAGAACAGAGAUGCCAUUAUCAUGAAUUCUAAAUUUGAACCAGAAAACUCGAUGAUAAAAGCACGUGCCGUGAGUACUGGCAAUGGAAGCUUAACACUUUAACAUCGCUUAAAAAUGCCAAGACAAUAAAAGACGAGAAAACAAAAGGGCCCGAGGGAAUAAAUUAGAAAAACCUAAUGGUUUAACUUCUAUAACAUUGACGAACAAACAAAGAAAUAGAGAAGAAAAUUUCCGAAUACUGGAACUAGUUGCGGAAAAGAAAACGUAAGCAACAACGAACGUGAAUAAAAACGCGACAAACUACAGGAUAUACGAAGGAGCACGCAUACAGAAAAAAGACGCAUCGCAAAGUAUAGAAAAUGUGAAAUACAAGACCAAAAUGACGCGCCGCACAUGAGGACAAAAGAAGCAACACACCAUGAAAAACGAUCCCAAAAGGAAGGAGCGAAAUACUGAACAAAUAAGAGCAGAGGAUGCCAAAUACUAGACUGAAAGUGACACACACUACGAAAACUAAAUUAGGAGCAGAAAAUACCAUAAACAAACCAGCCUGAGAGGGAUACGCGCUAUAAAGGCUAAGGAAACCUAAGAGCGACACCCGCGACGAAAAUAAAAAAUGAAGGCAAAGCACGUUAUGAAAACUAGUCUGAAAACGUCUAAAGCUAGAAAUGCCGCUAACCUUAAGGCGACACACGCCAUGAAAACAACUUGAAGGUGGUACUUGCCAUGGACACAAGUUGUAAGCGACACUCGCUAUGAACACUAAAUAGAGAGCAAAAUAUGAAAGACAUCAUGAAACUAGAGAGAAAGCGACACACGCCAGGAACGGCUAACUGGAAGGCGACACACGCCGUUGAAACAACCUAAAGGCGACAAACGCCGUGAAAACAAUCUAAAGGCGACACUCGCCAUGAAAACAACCUGAAGGCGAAACACACCAUGAAAACAACCUAAAGGCGACACACGCCGUGAAAACAACCUGAAGGCGACACACGCCAUGAAAACAACUUAUAAGCGACACACGUUAGAAAUGGCUAACUGGAAGGCGACACACGCCCUGAAAACAACUUGAAGGCGACACACGCUAUAAACACAAAAUGGAGAGCAAAGUACGAAAGACAUCAUGAAACUAGUGAAAGCGACUCACGCCAGAAAAGGCUAACUGGAGGGCGACACACGCCGAGAAAAACCAACGUAAAGGCGACACAUGCCAUAACAACUGAAAGCGACGGAAGCUAUGAAACAACUCGAAGCGACACACGCUAUGAAAAUGAAAUGGAAAAUGAUACCCGCCAUGAAAUCCAGUCUGAAAGCGACUCACGCUAUAAAAGGUAACUAGAAGGAGGUAUCGCAGCUGCUCCUGUGUCAAGGAGUGCACGAUAACUAUUUCCUUUUAUUGUUACACUUACACUAAAAUUGUCACUCUCGAAAGGAUGAAUAGAAUCAGUUUUACUAGAUGUGGCAGGAAAAGAAACCCUGUCAGUCACGUCAGUCACGUCAGUCACAUAUGCCCUUGUCUCUGAGCUACUUGCGACGGAUAAGCCACGACGACACUCACCACAAACAUUAUUUUUAGCCCCAACGAUAUUUAGUUCCAACUUUUCUUCAUUUUUAGACUCAGGCGCCAGCCAACUGCUGAUCUUUAUUAACUUCUUCUAUACUGACUUCUCGAGAUAAAUUUUCACUUGAAGACUUCUCAUAAAUGACUUCACUUUUAAGAGAAAACAGAGGUACAUUUGGCGAAUGAACAUUUUCGUUUUCAUUUGGCGACAACCCGGCGAUUACACUAUCAAAUUUUGUUAUGACCUGAGAAAGACACUUAAUAACUCCAAACAAAUUUUUUCUUUAGGGACAUUUUGAGGCUGGCUAAUUUGAGAACACCCAUCUUGACAUGUUACGGUAACUUGAGGUUUAAACAUUGUAAAGUCUGACGAGAUAACAGGCUCACAGUGAUUAGACAAAACAUGACUAAACUCUUGAACAUUCUUUUUAGUCACAUUCUCGGCCGAAUUUCCAGAGUUACUGAAAGCACAUUUAUCAGAACUAGAUCCGACGGAAGAAUGGUUAUUACUUGUAGAAUUUUGAAGCGCCCCCAUCACGGGUUCACUACCACACACGCUAGGGGCGCCAGCCAGUUUAACUGAGCGCCCAUUUUUCCCUGGUGAAAAGCAUUCUGCAUAUUGUUUCUCCGAUACAGGCCUCUAAAGUUGGGUUUCGAACUUCCAUAACUGCCCAAUUUAGGAUUUCUACUGAAAACGCUGCCCCCAUAACAAAAACGAUUAAUUUUGCCCCAUCGAAAUGUGCGAUUAAUACGACGAUUUCCAUUAUUUUGGACAUCUGUACUCCAAACAUUAAAUUCGUCUUCGACUGAUUGUUUGAUUUCCUCUUCUGAGGGGUUAGACUGUAAUUCUUCAAAAUUCUCGACUUCUUGACCAUCACUCGAUUUACGGCUAAGAGUUACUAACUCUUUUAGUUUUGCAAUGUUCAAUGCAGACUCGAAAUCAAAAGGUUGUUUUAAAAUAACACCAAAAUAACUGGUUUUCCACUAAAACAACGAGCUCUCCACCAAAAUAUCGGGUUAACCACCAAAAUAUGUGGGGGUGUGUUCGAGCAACUCGCUCGCUACACGAUGAGGUACCAGGAAUCUGAUUUACAUCUUGGCCUUUAUUCUUCCUAACCUUCUUUUAACUUCUACUUACUCUACUUCUCCUACAGUCUUCUCUACUUCUGCUACCCCCCAGUUCAAGUAUAGUAGCGGUUUUAAUAGCCAAAGCUGGACAUGUUUGGGUUAGCUGACCGGAAGAGUUCCUAUUGUAUAUCUUAUCGUUAACACUUCAACAGGUUUGCUGUUGUUAGGGAACAGAUUAGCCUACGCACAGCCGCAACUGACAAGUACCAAAUAACGAAGGUCAGCUCUAACACCACAAACACGACCACCUGUAAAAAACUAACAUCUGAAAAUGCCAAGCGAAUAACAUUCCUAAUGUGGCAAUAAGUAAAUUCACGAGCAAAGCAUAAAUUCAAGUACAAGUAAAAACAAAAGAUCAAAACAGGAAAACAGUACGUGGACAAAAACAAGACUUAAUGAAACGAAAACUAAACUUAAAAGAUAAGAUAGAUCCGUCUUAAAAAUAACUUUCAAAAUACUUCACAACAAUAGCACGGCAUUAUGUAUGGGUGAUUGUUUAGACCACAAUUGUCGUACUGCAGCUAUGGUGUCCUUUCCGUUCGCGUCCGUGUUGUUAGCCAAAUUUCCUGUGUACCUGCAUCUAAAUCGUUGACAAAGAAAUUUAUCGGGCUUCUCUUCCUCCUAAUAUUCCCUUUUGUUUUAUGUAUCACCCCAGUGCACCCAGGCUCCUUUGAAGUCCUCUUGGUAGCAAAAUAUAAGCAUUUGGAUAAGAGUUAAAAAUAACAAAGGAAAACUAACCUCCUAUAAAAUUCAUUUACCUUUUGAAGUGUUGAAUUUCUGCGUCGUUUCUUGACUACCCUUAAGAGAUUAGAGCGUCUUUUCAGUUAACCUAUCUUUACUUCUGUACUGUAUAAUUGCCCGCGCAGGGAUUUCGCCCAGAAGGCGAAAUCCCAAGGAGGCACUCUAGUAACUAGCGCGCAUAUUAAGGAAAGUAGUUACUGUUGAAAUAACAGUCAUACGGUCAAUAUAGAAAAAAAUCUCGAUUUGCUUGAACAGGGGCCGCGAGGAAUCGGUAGGUAAUGAUGACGUUUCUGUUGUUUGCGUCCGCAAGUACGAAAUGGUUAGGAUGACGUGAAACACAAAAAAUCCCGAAGGGACCGCUUACAGUAGGUAGAUUUUGUGACAUUAAUUGUGCAGUCAUACUUCGAUACUCUUUUACGUUACUUGUUAUCAGUGAAAUUCUGUGGAACAGUUGUUAUGAAAGUAAAGAAAAGACACUCGUUAAGCGCAGAUAAAGUUAUAAUGUGCGUAUAACAAUGUAUAUUUUAACACCAAGUGAGUUUGCAGACAAAAGGUCACAAAUCUUGGAUUGGAAACCUUGCUAGACACUCUUUGUCUUUCUUUGACCGGAAUAAGACUCGGCCCCAAACAAGCAAGAAGAGUGAAUGAUUCAACGGCUAGCUUAUCACUAGCACAACGAUGGACGAUUGCAGAAAUUCGCCCAGCAUCAAAUUCUGUGCUGACUUAUUCCCUGCUCACAGAUGUCCUUCCGCUAUAAAGUUUAAAAUACGACUAGAACGCGCGAGCGUGAAUUGAUCAAACGUCCUUUUAAUUUCUACGGCUUACUUUCCGGCAAAUAAAAUGAACCAAAUGUAAAAGGUGAAAUAGAAAUAGCGAAAAAUUAAACAUCUAAUUAAAUCGUUUCUUAUGGUUUAGAAUAAACUAUUCUCGAGACUGAGAAUGUUUUGAUCAAAGCUGUGUGAAUCGAACCGAAACUGUGCAUGGAACCUUGCCUUUCCUGUAUUUAUCUCACCUAUUGUAUGGAGUAUGUGUGAACAUCUUCAUUAUGAAUCGGUUUAUUUCAAAGAGCUACACAACAAGCAAGAAUACUAUUGACCUACAAUAUACAGAGCGGGGGCAGCUGUAGUGUCAACUAUUACUAGUAUAAACUCGAGAGAUAACAAUGAAAAUCAGGACCUCACCACAAAACCAAGAAAAAUAAUAGCUCUUAGUCCUCAUCAGUUUCCCCCAAUCGUUACUCGAUUACAGAUAGAAUCCCAGACAAUGACGCUAUGACUGUAUCCCAGAACCUACGUUCAGAAAUUCGUGAGAAGCAAAGACAAUGCUGUCAAUUUAUUUCAGUUCUUGUUUCUGACAAGGUUUGUGCCGUUGAAGUGGACCUUAGCCUGGGGAAGUAGGCCUCAAAAGUAACAACAAGCGACAUGAUUAGUCAGUGGUCGUCAAGGUGAUGAGACUCAUUGGGAAUGUCUCAUCGGGGAGGGUGAAGGACCUAACAGUCACAGCCUGUACACACACGUUGUUUAAUUUUUCUUUUCGAUAAUCGGCGAGUGCGUGAGAGCGAGCGCGAAGCGCAAGAACGAGUUCUCCACCCCUACCCCCUUGCACUAGCGGUCAAUAAAUUCCCAGAGAAGCUCCAAACUCCCAGUACCAAAGGAAAAGGAAAGGACAAAAAGAAAUAGCAAGGAGUAGGAAAGGAGGAGAAGAAAACAAGAAACGGUUUCACCCUUAGUUUUAACAAUAGCUAUAACUUUGGAGAUGUAACGUACAUACGUCGACAUUUUGCAACGUCAGCACUGGUUUCCCAGUCAAAUUCCAUACUGAUGACACGUCACUACCCAGACCUAGAUAGGGCUUCUGAUUGGUCGAGCCGCGUGGGAAAUUUGCUUCAGCCAAUCAGAAGCCCUACCCAGAUCUGGGUAGUGACACGUCAUCAGUAUUGAAUUUCUUCGCUUGUUCUCAAGCGUCAUGUCGUGGGGAAACCAGUGGUGCCGUCACAAAAUUUCGGCAGUUUUCUCAGGCUAGUGAGAGUUAGAUUCUUGCAGAACUUUCAUUUAUGGCAAAAAGCAAGUUUAUCACUGUGCCAACAAGAGCGUAAUGACGACGCAAUGACUCCAUUACCUAUUUUACAUGUAGCAGUAUUUUUCGGCACUAGAAACUGUUCAUCCAAAAUCGUCAACUGUAACUUUUUCCUGCAAUAGCGUUAUCGAGAUACCGGUAUUUUGGGAUGAAGUUUUUAUGGUUAGAAAUGCGGUAAAAAAAUGGACAAUCUUGUUGUUAGGCUGUUAUCUGUAGAAAACGAAGCGCUUUUGACAUGCAAUGUCACCGCAUAGUAGUUUCAAUCUUUUAAAAACUUGUGUGAAUUAAAGAUCAUGGAGAUAGCUCCAGCCGAUCACGCUAGAAAUAAGGAUUUGAUUAGUAUGUAUCGAGGCGCUCUUGUUAGCGGUUUGUAAACAUUUCAAUCCCUUAAAGUCCUUUUCUUAUGUAAAAAAAAAAAUUGGAAAAAACACCGAGCUCAAACACCAUCCUUUCGCGAGCGAACCAAUCAGAUUGGUUAAAUCACCAAGAUCACUGAGUGUGUAUAUAUGCUAUCAUGAUCUCAUCUAUAAGCAUUUCUGGGGGGAGGGACAUCAUGGAUUGAAGGAUAUCCAAAUACAGCUUAUAGACAGCGUCAGUAAUAUGGAGGACCUAAGACACAGGGAGGGCCAGUGAGCCUAAUUUUAGACUGAACAUCCUGAGCCAGUACGGCCUUAAUGAGGAUGAUUUUUGUGGCUUCAGAAUAAGCGGGCGAGACGUAGAUAAAACCGUAGAAGUACCAGUCGUAUUUGUUAACGCGCGCGCUUAUUGUAGUUCGUUGGUUACAAGUGAUCAAGAAUUUUCAACCGCUUUUACAACCCUGAUGAAGGAUAUUGAAUGCAGCCGAAAUAUAGGUUCAUCAUUUUUUGCCGUCUUUGUUGAUGCUGGUGGCUUGAUACUAAAUAUAGUUAAUUGCUGAAUAUGGGAACACAUGGGCCAUAAUGUGACAGAUUAUGGCUCUUGGCUAUGGGAACAAAAAAGUCCCCAAGUCGGCCUGAUUUUUCUUUUAGGUCUUCCGUUAAAGACAGAAAUACUGACCCCAGAUUUAGUAACCUGUAAAUUGCUGCUACUGAAGAGACCUAUAAUUUCACAAUCUUUUCAGUUCAGGUUUGUUUGCAGGAUUUUUUUCCUCCCUUUAAAGGUGAACUGAUGCCGAAGGUUCCUAAAAUUUAGUUUAUAGGGAAGUAAAGAGUUCUUUUUUUUUCAGGAUGAGAGUUCAUGUUAUUAGUUUAAAUUUGAUUGCUUUUAUCAAAAGUAUAUAAACGGAGGCCUCGCUUUUAGCCCUGGCAAAAUCUAUAUAUAUUAUAAUUUAAUAAGAAGGGUAACGGCAACCUCGGUUCUCGAGCUGGGCAUAUUUCCAUACAAACAUAUUUUAAUUUUUACGUCAUUUCUUUCCAGAAAACUAUUGCGAAGGUUACAUGCACAGGUGGAAGAUCGAGGGAAGCUAAGGUGUAUGGCAGGCUUGGCAACGCCCAUCACAGUUUGGAAGAUUUUAAAACAUUCAUAGAUUUCAUUGAAACUCACUUGAAAAUUGCGAAAGGAUUGGGUGACAGAUCAGAGGAAGGAAAGGCGUAUGACAAUCUUGGCAAAGACCAUCACAAUAUGAGAGAUCUUAAAACAGUUAUACACUAUCUUGAACUUUCAUUGAAAAUUGCAAAAGAAUUGGGUGACACAUCAGGGGAAGGAAAAAUCUAUGGACAUCUUGGCAGCGUCCAUCACAGUCUAGGAGAUUUUAAAACAGCCUUAGGCUACCAUGAACGUUACCUUAAAAUUGCGAAAGAUUUGGCUGACAGAUCAGAGGAAGGAAAGGCGUAUGGCAAUCUUGGUAUCACCCAUAACAGUAUGGGAUAUUUCAAAACAGCUAUACACUACUAUGAACGUACAGUGAUAAUCGCGAAGGAAUUGGGUGACAUAUCAGGGGAAGGAAAAACCUUUGGACAUCUUGGCAACGCCCAUCACAGUCUAGGCGAUUUUAAAACAGCCAUAGACUACCAUGAACGUCACCUGAAAAUUGCGAAAGAACUGGGUGACAGAUCAGGGGAAGGAAUAGCGUAUGGCAAUCUUGGAAUCGCUCACGACAGUAUGGGAUAUUCCAAAACAGCUAUACACUACUAUGAACGUACCCUGAAAAUCGCGAAGGAAUUGGGUGACAUAUCAGGGGAAGGAAAAGCGUAUGGAAAUCUUGGCAACGCUUAUCGCAGUCAAGGAUAUUUAAAAAUAGCCAUAGACUAUCAUGAACGUCAUCUGAAAAUUUCGAAAGAAUUGGGCGACAGAUCAGGGGAAGGUGAGGCGUAUGGCAAUCUUGGCAUCGCCUACGACAGUCUGGGAGAUUUCAAAACAGCCAUUCAUCACUAUGCAUGUACACUAAAAAUCGCAAAAGAAUUGGAUGACAGAUCAAUGGAAGGAAAGACUUAUGGCAAUCUUGGCAUCGCCCAUCGCAGUCUGGGAGAUUUUAAAACAGCGAAAGACUACCAAGAACGUCAACUGAAAAUCGCGAAGGAAUUGGGUGACAUAUUAGGUGAAGGAAAAACCUAUGGAAAUCUUGGCAACGCCCAUCGUAGUCUAGGAGAUUUUAAAACAGCCAUAGACUACCAUGAACGUCACCUGAAAAUUUCGAAAGAAUUGGGCAACAAAUCAGGGGAAGGAGCGGCGCAUUACAAUCUUGGAAACGCCCAUGACGAUCUGGGAGAUUUCAAAACAGCCAUACGCUGCUAUGAACGUGCACUGAAAAUCGCAAAAAAAUUGAAUAACAGAUCAAUCGAAGGAAAGACGUAUGGCAAUCUUGGCAUCACCCAUUGCAGUCUCGGUAAUUUUAAAACAGCCAAAGACUACAAUGAAUGUCAACUGAAAAUCGCGAAGGAAUUGGGUGACAUAUCAGAGGAAGGAAAAGCCUAUGGAAAUCUUGGCAACGCCCAUCGCAGUCUAGGAGAUUUUAAAACAGCCAUAGACUACCAUGAACGUCACCUGAAAAUUUCGAAAGAAUUGGGCACCAAAUCGGGGGAAGGUGUGGCGUAUGGCAAUCUUGGCAUCGCCUACGACAGUCUGGGAGAUUUCAAAACAGCCAUUCAUUACUAUGUAUGUACACUAAAAAUCGCAAAAGAAUUGGAUGACAGAUCAGGGGAAGGAAAGACGUAUGGUAAUCUUGGCGUCGCCCAUCGCAGUCUGGGAGAUUUUAAAACAGCCAAAGACUGCCAUGAACGUCAACUGGAAAUCGCGAUGGAAUUGGGUGACAGAUCAGGAGAAGGAACCGCAUAUGGCAAUCUUGGCAACGCCCAUCAAAGUCUGGGAGAUUUCAAAACAGCCAUAGAAUACCAUGAACGUUCCAUGAAAAUUGCAAAGGAGUUGGAUGACAGAUCAGGGCAAGCAAUGGCGUAUGGCAAUCUUGGCAACGAACACUACAGCCUGAGAAAUUUUAUAACAGCCAAAAAUUACUAUGAACGUUACCUGAAAAUUGUGAAAGAACUGGGUGACAGAUCAGAGGAAGAAAAGGCGUUUGGCAAUCUUGGCAUCACCCAUCACAGUCUGGGAGAUUUUAAAACAGCCAUAGACUACCAUGAACGUGGACUCAAAAUCGCGAAAGAAUUGGAUAACAGAUCAGGGGAAGAAAAGGCUUAUGGUAAUCUUGGCACGACACAUCUUUGUCUGGGAGAUUUUAAAACAGCCAUUGACUACAAUGAACGUCGCUUAAAAAUUGCGAAAGAAUUGGGUGACAGAUCAGGGGAAGGAAAUGCGUGUGGCAAUCUUAGUAACGCCCUUUUUAGACUGGGAGAUUUUAAAACAGCCAUAGGCUAUCAUGAUCGUCACCUGGAAAUCGCAAGAGAAUUGGGUGACAGAUCAGGAGAAGGAAAAGCAUAUAGUCAUCUUGGAAACUUCUAUCUUAAUACGGGAGAUGUUAAAACAGCCAUAGACUACUAUGAACAUCAGAUGAAAAUUGCGAAAGAAUUAGGUGACAGAUCAGGGGAGGGAAUUGCGUGUGGCAAUCUUGGUAACGCCCACUGCAGUCUUAGUGAUUUUAAAACAGCCAUAGACUACCACAAACGUCACCUGAACAUUGCGAAAGAAUUAGGGGACAGAGCAGGAGCAGGAACCGCGUAUGGUAAUCUCGGCAACGCCCAUUUUAGGCUAGGAGAAAUUAAUACAGGCAUAGACUACCAUGAACGCCACCUGAAAAUUGCAAAAGAAUUCAAUGAUAGAUUGGAUGAGGGAUUGGCCUGUUUUAACCUUGGUUCUGAUUUUGAAUGUCUAGACCAAUUUCCAGUGGCUAUUGAAUAUUACCAUCAAGGUAUUACUUUACUAAAUGAUGUCAGAGAUAUUCUCCAGUUGAAUGAUGAGUGGAAAAUAAGCUUACGUGAUCGAUACCAGAGAGCAUACGCCGCACUGUGGCGCUUGAUGUUACUAGAUGGCCAGGUUACGGGGGCUUUGCUUUCUGCCGAGCAAGGACGGGCUCAGGGUCUGAAAGACCUUAUGGCAUUAAAUUAUUCAUUUAAAGGGUAUGAUGUGGAAUCACUAAAAGGAAACGGAACAUUUCGUGAGCUGUUCAGCUGCCUUCGCCUGAAUACAAUUUUUAUGGCAAUUGCAGAAAAAGGAUUAAUAUUGUGGAUUUGUCAGAAAGGGAAGGAGGUUGUAUUAAGAGGAAAAGUAAUCACUUCACAAGAUGACAUCAACACUUACUUUCAGGCUCUUGUAGAGAACAUUGGUGCACGUGAUAAUGUGGAGUGUGAAGAUCGCUCACUUGAAUUGGCGAAGGAGAAAAGACUGGUUCUAAAAAGAUCACCUCAGAGUUGCAGACAAACCCAACACUUAUACCUUCAAGAAGAAGCAUUGAGGACUUUGUACGACAUUAUCAUUGAUCCUAUUCAGGAUCUAUUUUCAGGUGGCGAACUCGUAUUCAUUCCUGAAGGUCCACUUUGUUUAGCUCCUUUUGCUGCAUUCAAGAGCCCAGAUUCCAAAUACCUUUGCGAAUCAUUCAGCAUUCGUGUGGCCCCAUCCCUCACAAGCUUGAAAAUGAUUGUGGAAUGUCCGUUAGAUUAUCACCUUAUCUCGGGCGUGCUUCUUGUCGGAGAUCCGUGGGUGCAAGAUGUGACAAAGUUACCGACGUUACCAUUUGCCAGGAAGGAAGUAGAGAUGAUUGGCAAAAUUGUUGGUUGUACGCCUCUUAUUGGAAGACAGGCCACAAAGAAUGAGGUGUUAAAACGACUCGGUUCUGUUGCUUUGGUGCACAUCGCUGCACAUGGCAAAAUGGAAACGGGCGAAAUUGCCUUGGCGCCAAAAAGUGGUGAGACAGAUUUCAUUUUGACGAUGAAAGAUGUAAAAAGUGCUCAGAUUCGAGCAAGAUUGGUCGUACUCAGUUGCUGUCAUAGUGCUCAUGGCGAGGUCAAAGCAGAGGGAGUAGUUGGUAUAGCACGGGCAUUUUUAGGUGCUGGUGCUCGUUCUGUUCUGGUGUCAUUGUGGGCCAUUGACGACAAGGCCACUCUUGAAUUUAUGAAAAAUUUCUAUAAGUAUCUUGUGGAAGGAAAAAGUGCUAGUGAAGCCCUUAACCUAGCAAUGAAUUGCAUGAGAAAAUCCAGAGAAUUUAGCGCCGUAAAUCACUGGGCACCUUUUGUACUCAUUGGUGAUGACGUCACAUUGGAAUUUGAUGGGAGCAAAAAGACCACUCACAAUGUCGAGGUACGAGUGUUUUUUCUUUUCUUUUUUUUGUCUGGUCGUAAGGUGCCAAAAGUUAUUGUAGCUCUUUUAAUUGGCUUUUUUUCUUUCACUUUUAAAUUUAAAAACGAUAAGAGUUCAUACACACAAACGUUACCGGCCACAUUACAGAACACGGACGCAAACAAGAGUUACUAAAUCAACACCAAGAUAAGUAAAGGGGGAGAUAAAUGUAUGAAUGAACGAAUAAAUUAGUAGUCUAAAUAAAAAGGCGCUACACUACAAAUGUUACCCAGUUACAUAAUUAAUUCAAUACCUCCGUCUAUUGCAAUAAUUUAACUGCUUUGAAAUAAGAUUAAAGGUUGUGACUAAAACCUUUGUGGACAAGGUUAAUUUUUUAUUCCUUAUUGUCAGUGCUAGUCUUCGACAACAACAGUUUAUUUCUACCACUGCAGAUAACUAAAAGAAUUUACAAUAAAAUAAUAAAUUAUGAAUAAACAGUAGUGGGACACCCAAAGUCACUAAAAAGCUAAACUAGUUGGGUGACCGUAAUUAUGACCGACUGAUUUCUUAGGCGGGCAAUUGACCUAAAUUGCAUAACUUGCAUUGUUUAUUAUUUAAACUGCAAUCGAGUAGAAAAGAUUUAUUAUCGUUGUUUGUCGUCUCUUUAAAAAAAAUAAAUAUUUCAGUGACAGUUAUGACUCAAAGCGAUUUGGGUUACAAGUUCGUUUUGCCGAACCUCUCGGAGUUUAUCAGCAACAUUAAUUCCAGUGACACAUCUGUCUUGUGGAAACGUGGCUCGGGCUUGAAUUGGAUCUGCUACUGUCUCGUUGUUUUUCUUCUUAUUAUUAUCAUUUGCCUCACGCUGCUACUUUUAACUCUUGUAAACCAAUCCCGGCAGACUUUGUUAGUCGACCCUGAUAAAAUAAGGGUACUAUCAGUUACUUCACUAUUUUUUUAUUAUACUAAUGUUACAAUUUUACUUUGUAGGUGUGUGCAAGCUAAGAAGAACAAGGUGUUAGUAGUAUUUCAUUUAGCUUCUUUUAGAAUAUAUGUGUUGCAAAGUCGUUCGAUUCAGAAAACGAAUUCUAUUUCCUUAUAUUGGACAAUUAUUGGAUUUUAGC